UUCUAGUGUUUUUAAAUUACCAAAUAGUGUUGUUUUGGCUUUUUUGAUUAAUUUGUAUGGUUUCGGAUUGAUUUCUGAUGGUGGGGGUGGAUUUAUGGGGAGGUGUGAUCGAAGGGGAAGAGGGAGAGGAUGUGGUGGUUUGAGAGGAGGGCCGGAAGGUUGUGGCGGUGGAAGAGGCCACAGACGUGGCGGCGAUGGUAGAUGAGGUGGGAAGGGUCGUGAAGGACGUGCUGGAGGGAUGAAAGGCAGUAGCAGUGUUAUCGUUGAGUUGCAUAGGCAUGAUGGAGUGUUCAUUGCGAAGAGGAAGGAUGACGCUCUUUGCACUAGGAAUUUGGUUUCUAGAGAGUCUAUUUAUGGUGAGAAACGUGUUGUUGUGCAGGCUCCUGGAACACAAGUACUGUACCUUGGAGCAGCAUCAGGAACAACUAUGUCUCACAUCUCUGACAUUGUUAGACCCUUGAGUUUUCACUUAGGAGCGGCAGGGAUCUUGUUAACAUGGCAAAGAAGUGAACGAAUGUCAUCCCCAGCAUUGACGAUGCAGGAAGUGGGCAUGGUGGUGGGGGUGGAUAUAUGGGGAAAAGUGAUAGAGGAGGGAGGGGGGGAGUGA